GCCCAAUCUGCUCCGUUUCCGGACUGCAGCCGAUGCACCGCGUGGUUUUGGCUUGUCCCAAGGUGCGCAUCGUCCAUGUAGUCAUGGCCAUUACGAAUGUCCUCGGCUUGUGGCCAGGGGACAGGGGUUGUUGGGUGCCAAACUCCCCUGUGGACAGCCUGGGACAGGGGCUUACCACUGAUUACCUAUCUCGAAUGCCCCGUUGCUGCACAGGCCCUCCCUUGCGCCGCUGGCGAUGGGCGCGCGCUGCCCUCCUCCAGCAUCCUUAUCUCGCCGUCCCUCUCGCUAUCUACAGCCUCCCCCAACCCCGAUACCGCGAGUUGGAGAAAGGGUACACGCCCGCACACCAGCGCCAAACGCAAGCGGCAGGUACCCCCUACCCCUCACGAACCGUCGGGGGAACACUGCAACCCCAACUUUGGCUGCCGUGGCAUCGCGCUCUUCACCUAGCCUUCACCUCAACCUUCACCUUGGCGAAUCACGACGCUCCCAAAUCUAGAUCUCAGCUUUUUGCUUCCCCCGUCCCAGAUCUCUCCGCUUUCUGUUCGGGCCCCAAGUUCUCCAGAGUCUCCAGCUUUCGCGUCCCGAGUCGAGCUGGAGCUCGCGGGGCCCCAGGAAUUGCUCGCCCAUUGAAGGCACCGCCAGUCGCGCCAAAACGUAAUAGAUACUACACUUGUCACCAGACGUACCAUCCAGAGACCACAAAAGUGUGACGAGAGCGGAGGGGGGGCGGAGGCGACGACGAAAACAAUGGGCCCGAGGCAAGCCGGGGUAGGCCAUGGCCAUCUUCCGGUUCGUGUUUUCGUCUUUGCUCAGGGAAUGGUCCCCGUUGUUUUUUCGCGGCCUCUCUGUGUCUCUCAUUUAGUGCCAGCUUGGAUCGAGCGAGGCGGCGGCGCUUCUUUCUCGCUGAAAAUCUUCUCAACUGACCUGACCUGGGCUGACCGGGAACGGGAGGGGAGCCGUGUCUCGUGCAGUAGCGGGAGCGAGAC